UGAUCAGUCGUGCGUGGCACUUGACACGCGUCGCGUCUUUCUAUAAGUUUUGGGGUGCGAACCGCGUCCGUUUCGUCCACCCGCUCCGUUUCUCCGUUCGUCUGUCGCGCAUGCUUUCCCGUUCUCCGUCCUGAACGUAUUCUGUGAGUCGGUGUUUCUCGUCGCCGCAUCGGGAAUCCCUGAAAAAAUCGACGAUCGUCGGGAAACGAUAUCUCGACACGGUGCCAUCGACGCGUGCGUCCGUGCAAACUUUCCCGGGUACGGAACGUUGCGUUCAAAGUGCACACUCCUCGAAAACUUAGGUGUACGUGGGUCGAGUCGAACCGCGGGGGGAACACAAACGACUAAGCGAUCGUAUCGCGGUGAUUUAAUGUGAGAAACGAGCGGUCGCCUCCACGACUCCGUUUCUUUUGUUGUGUUACGCUGGGUGCAGUUCCUCUGUGAUAUCGUUGAUAAAGUCUCGUCCGCCGCCGCUCGACCACGUGUCCCUGUUCGAACGACGAGACCGUCGAGACAAGAAAAGCUUCGGAGUCCGAAGUUCGACGUCUGUUCCCGCUCUACGAGUUUCUACGGUUGCUGGACAACGUUGGCUGCCGUCGCCCGUCUCUCCGCUGCCUUCGAUUCGAUGCGAGUGCCGCUCCUACGAGGGAAACGAGGAUCGAUAUUUACGAGAAGGCUUUGAAGGAAUAGUACAGUGGUCGUCGUCGACGCUGUCACCAUCGACGUCGUUGCAGGGGUGUGGCCAUCACGACAGGAGCACGGAGAAUUCUGAUCCCCAUUACUCCGGGCCUAGCAGUCGGUGGAGCGUUCGCGAUGGCCGCUCGUUUAUGACGAAUCCAGCGCGCGUGAGAACUGAGCAGCGGAGGCGGCCUCCGGAAGCGGGCAGAGAGCUCGUGGCUCUGGACGGAGAAGGGCAGAGGGUUCAGCCUCGAUCUUAUUUUGGCCGGGCGCUCCCGAUCUCGCGUCCAAAGUGGCUAAGAGCGUAAGUCCUCGUCGCGUGCACCAGGAGUGGUUGAGCGUGGGGGAGGUGCAGGUACAAGUGCAGCAGGAGAGACGAGCACCGUGGCGCAUGCCUUACCUGGGGCCUGAUAUGACAACCCGGCUGUCCGCCAUGUUCUACACGGUUGAAGUCGGGGACACCAGGUUCACCAUUCUCAAGCGGUACCAGAACCUGAAGCCGAUCGGCUCGGGUGCCCAAGGAAUCGUUUGCGCGGCGUACGACACGGUCACCGCGCAGAAUGUGGCGAUCAAGAAGCUCUCCAGACCUUUUCAAAACGUCACGCACGCGAAGAGGGCCUACAGGGAAUUUAAACUCAUGAAGCUGGUCAACCACAAAAACAUUGUCGGUCUUCUAAACGCGUUCACGCCGCAGCGGUCGUUGGACGAGUUUCAGGACGUCUACUUGGUGAUGGAGCUUAUGGACGCGAACCUGUGCCAGGUGAUCCAGAUGGAUCUGGAUCACGAGCGCAUGUCCUACCUUCUCUACCAGAUGCUCUGCGGCAUCAAGCAUCUGCAUUUCGCCGGUAUCAUUCACAGGGAUUUGAAACCGAGCAAUAUCGUCGUGAAGUCAGACUGCACGUUGAAGAUUCUCGACUUUGGACUGGCGAGGACUGCUGGGACGACGUUCAUGAUGACCCCGUACGUGGUGACGCGGUAUUAUCGAGCACCAGAGGUGAUCCUGGGCAUGGGGUACAAGGAGAACGUGGACAUUUGGUCGGUCGGGUGCAUCAUGGGCGAGAUGAUUCGAGGUGGCGUGUUGUUUCCCGGCACCGAUCACAUCGACCAGUGGAACAAAAUAAUCGAACAACUGGGAACACCGGCGCAGGAAUUUAUGCAGCGGCUGCAGCCAACCGUGAGGAAUUACGUGGAGAACAGGCCGCGAUACCCGGGAUAUCCGUUCGACAGGCUAUUCCCGGACGUUCUGUUUCCCUCGGAUUCUUCGGACCACAGUAGAUUAAAAGCCACCCAAGCCAGGGAUCUAUUGUCGCGCAUGCUCGUCAUCGACCCCGAGCGACGCAUCUCCGUCGACGACGCUUUGCUGCACAAUUACAUAAACGUGUGGUACGACGAGCGCGAAGUCAAUGCCCCCGCACCCGGCCCGUACGACCACAGCGUGGACGAGAGGGAGCACACGGUGGACCAGUGGAAGGAGCUGAUCUACCAAGAGGUGAUGGAGUACGAGACGAGCCACAACCCCGCGACGGUGACUGCUCAGACGUCGGAGAGCGCCGGCUCUCGGUAGACACGGGGCAAGUCUUCGCCAGCUUUCUCGCCGAGGACGCGCCUAGACUAUCCGAUCUAUCGUAUAAAUAUCGCGGAGAAAAUGUAAAGAGAGGUGGCGACGAAUAUAAGAGAAUCGUUCGCGUCCAUUGGGGGUAGACGCGCGCGCCGUUUUCGUUCAGAGACGAAGAAGGGAACGGCCGUGCCGGGAGAGGAUUGCGAGACAAAUGUACACGAGAAAAUGUUGAGGAUGCAAGAGUGCGAGUGAGUGAGAGAAGCGAGCGAGGGAGGCUCUGCUCCGUCGGUUUUUUCGAGAAGAGGAGAAAUCGACAUCGAGGGAGAGCACCAACCGGUUGUUCCGAGAUGUCGUCCGCGCGGACGUGUCGAGGCAUAACGAGCGCGCGUCUGCGAGCACACGCGGUAACUAUAAUAUAUAAAUAUAUAAAUAUAUAUAAAUAUAUUCCCGUAACCAAAGCAUAAACGCGAUUCAGAGACACGCCGACGGACGCUGUUGUCCGUUCGAGCACGGCGCCGCGACGUUCGUCGUUGUUUUUGCUCGAUCUUCUUGCUCCUCUUUCCGAGAAUCUCCCCCGUACGGGAAAUGCGCCAUUCGUCGACAAAACGAACGGUUCCCCCGCGAUCGAGCUUAUCAGAACGUCGCAACGCGUCGUCGAUCGACUUCGCCCUCAGAAAUGCUUCGCGAUUCCUUUGCGAAACGAGAACGUUACGCGCCGCUUUCCUUUUCUUUUCCGUUUCGAAGCCGUCUCCUCUGAGAAUCGCCACAAAUACACACACACACAUAUACACGCACGAUCGACCGAAGGGAGAUAAAGAGUUGCUCGGUGGACACCAGAGUUAGGCAGCGGUUACUUUGCGAUUACUUUUGUAACAAUCUACAAUCGUGAAUCGGUGAUACGUAAUCUUUCGGAGUAAAUCGUGUCGGAUCAUACGUUGUAACCCUUUCGCUGCGACACACUUAACCAACGGUACGCCAUAGCUGAGGGGACUCUCCGAGGCAUGGGUGUACCUUAACCAUAAUUACCACGAGAUCCUUGUUAUAACAAAACAAAGAAAGCGAUACGAAGAAUUGUGUGCUUAAAAUCAUUACCACACUUUCCAUCUCAAUUUACGAACUCACGUACGGAGGGUGUACGUACACCCAUGACAGCGAAAGGGUUAUUAACGUGUACCGAUCGUUACCGAUUUCUCGCGAAUUGGACUCUUGUCCAACCCUGGUGGAAGCAGAUCGGUCGUCGAAAAACUGCCUGAACGACAUUCACGAAUUCGUCGCGCGUCUUCUCGUUACUGCCACCGAUUUCAAGCACCCCAGCCUCUAAUCUCCAGCCCCCCCUCGAUAUAUAUUUUUGUCCCGCGGCGAUCGAUCUGCGAUCUCGUCGAAAACGCGUCGCCUCCCCCGAACUCGAAGCAUCCUUUUGCGUCCCUGCGCGCCAAUAUCUAUUUUUCGUAUCGUCCUUGGAACUGGGGAACAAAUAUCCGCGAUUAAGAGAAGACGAAAAUCGUCGAAAGACGACGACGGGAUCGCCGAUCCGAUCGCUAGCGACUCCCGGGGAAGCGCGCCGCUUGUCUACCCUUUCUUCGUCCCCGUGGUCGCGACACUUGGCGAAUUCGGUUUCCCCCAGCGCGAAUUUUCCUCGCGAGAGCUUUACUUCUCGUUCGUUGGUUGGUUCGCAGCGACGAGCAUCGUCGAUCGCGACAGCGGCCAGUGCCGGAUCUCGUAACGAUGGGUUCCUGGAUUACAGGCGGGAGACCCUCGGGAAAAGACUGUCCAUUUUCAGUGCACCGUAUAUAUACGCUCUUCGUAACUGACUGUCCACUUUUGGAAGGCGUAUAUACGCGUCCUUCGUAGCGAGAAGGGUGCGGAUGUUUAAUAUUCAACGAUAUCGUAGCGAAUGCACAGUGUUAAACUUAAUUUAGACGUCGUUGAAACGUAGCGAAAUGCAAUUCUUACGGAAAGGUAAGGUAGGCCUUUGCUGCUAGGUACGACAAGUUAGCGUCCGAUCUUAAAUCUCCAAAAAUAAAUCACAACGAUCUGCAGUUAAUCGCAUAUGUGAUAUACUAACAUACUAUAAUUAUAAAUUUACAGCAGUAAAUGCCGGUUAGCUGCGAUAGAUGAUUUCGAGAUCUUUUCGAUUCACCGAUUGUGUAAAAAAAAAAAGAAAAAAAAAGAAAAAAUAAAUUUUCGCUUGCCCCCAAAAUCCCUCGAUCCGGCCCUGGCGGCGUCAACACGUCGAAGAAGUCCCGUGAACGAGAAGCCCACACGAUAUAUAUAUCGUCGAUCGAGCACACAAUUUUGUACGUAAUUUCCGAAAGCGUCCGACAUACAGGGUGGUCGCGGAUAAGAAGAGAGCUCGUACCGGUUCCCGUUUCGAAGUUGGAAUAUUCGAUUUUGCCGCGUCGACGCCUUUCUUAAAUCGUCGAGCAAUUGAACAUUGUGUAUUUUUAUAUAAAACGCAAAACUCGAGACGCGCGUGCUUUUUGUCUAAUCGUUUUCGCGCGCUCGUACAGCCGCCGAUAUUUUCUAUCGCUAACUUUGUAAGAAGAUGAGGCGACCACGCCACGUUUAAUCCACGAAUAAAAUAUCCCACAGGGGGAAAUGGAUGCGAGAGAGACACGAAGAGGAACAAUGAAUCGCGAAUAAAAGAGAAAGAAUAUGUUAAACGAGAACGAUAAAACCACGGCGAAGUGGAGGGAUCUUCAGCGAUUGAAUUAUCCUAGAGAGAGAGAGAGGAAGCGAGUCGUGGGGGUUCGCACGCUCGAAAAUACGUUUUCUUUGAAAAACCGACUGGUGCAAUGUCGCGGCGAUCGAUCAUCGAGUAUCUACGACGACGCGAUUCGCCGGUCGUACUUGUCGAUUGUGUCUUUAGCUAGUUAGUUUGUUAGGUAAACUCGUUCUUUUCGUGCAAUCGUGCGUACGUCGUGCCGUCGGGAGCGACGACGGACGGCGACGCGGACAACUAGAACGUAUUAUGUAUAAAACGCUGUUCCGUAUUUCGUGGAAUUUUUUCGCUGUCGACGGACAAACGGCAAUAAAUUGGCGAAACUGGGCGCAGUUUCCGAUCGUCCGGAGAACCACGAACGCGUUUCGUUUUAUCGGCGUUUCUUCGUUUCUUGCUCGUCGGACGAACAACGUUCGCGUCGCGCACGUUCUUCGGUCGACGUGGCUCCCGCUCUUCGACGUCACGCUUUAUGUUUCAGUACGAGGAACCACGAGCGUCGUCCAUUUCCGAAGGGACGCGCGUUUUAGCCUUAAGCUCGAACAAACGAAUGGUUGCCCUUCGCAAUAGAAGCCACCACGCCUGGGUCAACGGUUUCGAGAUACGAUAGACUCCUGUAUAACGCGUUAUAGGGAACCGUUUUGUACGAGAAUUUUCCUUGCGUAACUCGCGUAGUAUAAGUAGCCUGUACGGGGAACAAAAAAAUGUUGCUACCAAUGGCGAUAACAAGCGGGGCAAACGAGGAAUUAUGCAUUACAAUGUACACUGUAACACGAAUAAAUUAUACAGAGUGAUCACACAGAGUUCUCGUUGUACGAGAAUCGCUUCGUGUACUUUCAGCGCGUUGUAGGAACUCGCGUUAUACGGGAGUGUACCGUAUAGCUAUUGGGACGUAUUUUCAAACGUUCUAGCUGGGAAAAUAGUCGUCACUCGUCCAAGAUAUAAUUAUUUGUAAGCUUUUUAUCGUCUGGAAAAUAGAGCCAGACCCGUUACCUUUCGCUAGCGACGGUCUGGAUUGGACUGAUUCUGUUUGCAAGACAAUAACGACGAACAGACAAUUCUAAGCUCAAAAUAAAUUAUACUUGCUCAUUCGUGCAUCUCGUCGAGUUCGUAUAAUCGAGGAUCCGCCCUAUAAUUCGAUAUCGGUUACCCAAGCGUGAUCGACGAUUAUUUUUCACGCGUGGACGCUAUGGGAAGACGUGAUCUUGAAAAUAUCCGAAUCCGCUGAAAUCCGUGGAGUUGCCGCUAUUAUAAGGGACGACUGGGCGUUAAUUCCAAAGCGACGCGUUUGUGGCAAUAUCUGUACAGUAGGGUGAACAGAGUAACGGGGACCGAAGACGUUCGUUCUGACGACAACGACGACGACAGUGACUACAGGUGACGAGAGUAAAGACGACUGCGAUUACAUUGGUGAUUAUUAUUAUUAUUACUACUAGUACUACUACUACUACUAAUAAUAUUAUUAUUCUGUUUAUUAUUAUUAUUAUUAUUAUUAUUAUUAUUAAUAUUAAUAUUAUACGAAUUAUUGUAUUUAUUACGGUUUACUACGAAUCGAGUUAUAGACGAUCGUGAGAGAACAGUGAACAAUUGUAAUGUAAACGUUGAAUUUUUAUUUUCCACGGCGAUAGUUAUGUGAAUAUAUUGCUACAGUCCGAUCCAAAUAAUCAAGCUUUUGUAACACUAAUUAUAAUAAAGCAACGGUGAUACUGCUAAUCGCGUAAUUGUAUCGCGCACGGUGAUUCGGGCACGAGCGGGGAUUGGGGAGGGGUCGCGUGCACGACAAACGAAGAAAACAAAAACAAAAAAAAAGAUAGCGCGCCAAAAAUCUUUAAAAAUUCGUGCGAGAUCGUUAAACCAUUUCUGUUCUCUCAUCUUUCAUUCUCUCGUCGCUUUUGUCGUCUCGAACGCGACCGAUUCGCGUGCAGAUUGUUCGCAGACGGAGAGACGCUCUCGCGCUCCGAAACACUUGCUGGCAAUUGCCUCCAGCGAGAUUUAGCAAACAGAACUGAAAGAAUGGCUGAAGAAGGGCAAAAUCUUAUUCGAAUAAUAAAGAAACUCAUAGAGAUGUUCUAUAAUCAGAUAUUUAUUUGGAAUAUUUAUAAUUGAUCUAUUUAACCCUUCGAGUACUGGACUCGAGAGGUUGUGGUCGUCCAGGACGGAAUUAUUUUUCACUUAAUUGUUUCAUUAACAACCUUCGAAUGGGAAACAUAUCUUAACCUGAAAAUCAAUGAAUCUAAAUAUUGAAAUUUUAGCAAAUAUAACGGAAAACCAAACACUGAUAAUUGCGCGUAAAUCCGUCCAUAGUCAACACCGAUAGCUCUCCAUAACACUCGAGGGUUUAGUACAUCUUAUAUACUUGAAAGCAUACGGUCACAUAGAAUUACUGCAAUUGUAGCCUAAUCCCGAUAAAACUGUUGCCUGCCUCGAUAGUCUCGCUGGACGCUGUUGCGAGCAAGCGAAAAGCAAAGUCACUAUUUUUCCACGCGUACGCGCAAAGCAUCUUUCUUCGCGCCAAAAGAAGGACUCGGUGAACCGUGAUUCCUUGUAAUUUCGUCCAGCUCCUCGAGCCAAAAAGCACAAUUUUCUCGACGCUUUCGAGACACCGAGAAUUCAGCUCGCGAGCUUUCCUUGUUCUCGUCGGAUCCCCUGUAUUUCUGCGUAUCGAUGGAGAGCCAACAGAAACGCGACCGAGUCUAGGUAUGGUUGUUCGGUCAGACAUCGUCGGUGGUAUCGACGUGCGACAUGUUUAUUUAAACUGGUAAAUAAUGUUUUGUGCAGCCAUCUCCAACGAUGACGCUUUGGAAUAAAAAUAUUCGCGAGAUCGAUCGCGGUGUAUUCGCCAUCUUGUCGCGAUUUCCGUUGGCGGUGGGAAUUUCUAAAGAUUUUUGGAUAUACGCUCGAGAAUACGAGGACGAAGUGAUAUACUUAUUGUAACGCGUAGAUAUACACAUUAUUAUAUAGUGGAACGGGAACGGGAUCGCCAGGCUUCGGCCGUACGGCGUCUCUUCGCGUCGCGACGUCGAGACGUCGCGGUCACGGGAGCCGUUCAUUCCGCGGUAUGACAAGAGUAAAAGAAAAGAAGAAAAAAAAAGAAGAGAAAAGAAAAAAAAAGAAAACGAGGACGAAACGUUUGUUCGCGUUUACUUCUUAAAUUUCAUCGUAGACCGAGAACGAAUUGUAGUCGUAAACAGGUAAUUAAAUAACGUGGUAACGAUUAACGAUAAUAACGAUAGCAAUAGCAAUAGAUGUAAAUCGACGUAGCGCAGACGAACUAACGAGAUUACAAACACCGGUAACGAUUGUUGCACAGCCAUAGAAGCGAUCGGUGAAGCCCUUUCCCCGGACGAAAAUAAAAAUAAAAAAAGAAAUAAUAAUGUAGAAGAGGAAAAUAGAACGAAAGAAAGACGAGUAAACGUAACGAGCUCGGUAGAUAUACGCGAGAGAUUUCACGAUGUUCCCGACUUUCCUACGAUCGUCGUGUAACGAUCAUCGCGAUAACACGAACACGAAGAGCGACGAAACGCACCCUUGGAACGCGCAAUAUCGGUGCAACGAGACAACCGGAACGAACAAAGUCGAAUUAAAGUAACAGCCGACAAAGGAAAAUUGUAAUAAUAAUAAUAAUAAUAAUAAUAAUUACAAUAAUAAUAAUGAUAAUGAUAACGAUAAUAAUAAAUAUAAUUAACGAUAACGCUAAUGUUAAUAUUAACACUAUCGAUAAUACUAACGCUAACGAUACUACUAAUAUGACUAAUAACGAUAAUAAAAAAAAAAAAAGAAAAGAAGGAGGAUAAUUGAAGAAUAGUAAUAAUAAUAAUAAUAAUCGUUGUCCAUGCCUGUCGUGAAGGGAAAACGAAGCAUAAAAAAAAUAACCGGGUACCUUCAAAGUGACGUGCCUUUGAGACUCUUCGAAGCGAGAACGAUCUUCGUGCUCGCUCGCGGUGACAGACAGACGAUUUCCGUGUCCCGUAUUGCGCGUUUUUCAAGGAAAAUGAAAAAUACAGUGAGAGUGUGAGAGAGAGAGAGAGAGAGAGAGAGAAAAA